CGCAGCCUCUAGACUGUGAUAUACCAUCAAUGUGUUCCACACCUGGUAUAGCAUGUGCUUCGAAUGACAUCAUCCCAAAAGGUUCGGGAUGUCCAAUUCUAACGACAGAAACCUCGACAACAACCAUAUUUGCAUCCACAACAACCACACAUGAUCCAACAACAACUGCCCCUGAAACAACAACAACUACUUUUGAACCAAUAACAACUACACCUGUACCAACAACCACUACACCUGAACCAAAAACAACUACUUCUGAACCAAUAACAACUACACCUGUACCAACAACCACAACACCUGAACCAACAACAACUACGUCUGAACCAAUAACAACUACACCUGUACCAACAACCACUACACCUGAACCAACUACAACUACACCUGAACCAACAACAACUACUCCUGAACCAGCAACAACUACCCCUAAACCAACAACAACUACUCCUGAACCAACAACGACGAAACCUGAACCAACAACGACGAAACCUGAACCAACAACGACUACCUCCGAACCAACAACUUUACCUGUACCAAAGACAACCACUAAGGGUCAUCAUGGCCAUUGCAGGAAGAGAAAUCACCCACAUCCUUAAAUUCGUCAUAUAAGAACACAGUGGAUAACCAAUCCAACAGCCUAAAACACAAA